AUGUCGAACUCUCGGUAGUGCUUCUUAGUCUUGCAUCUAGUUCAACGGAAUAGAUUUGAAGUGAAAAAGGUAGAGGAGAACAAUCAAAAUCAACGAUGUAGUCUUCAAAUUCCUACUUUCGAAUGAGAAAGGAGAACAAUAUUUUCUCUCAAGAACAACUUGAAAAAACCCUCUUUCUCUCCCCUCUUCCUCCUUUUUGUACCUUAGAUCCGCAAAUUGCAUUUUCUAUUUUGGCUUCUUAUUUUUUAUCAUAUUUUUCCGAUUUUUUUCUGAUUUUUCUAGCAUUUUCCCCUUUUCUCGUGUGGUCAUAAUUGAUAUUAUCUAUUUUACUAGAUGAUAAUUGAUAUUUGAACAUAUACCCUUCUACAUGUGCAAGAGAAUAAUCAAUAUCAUCUAUUUUACCAAACAAUAAUUGAUAUUUGUAAAUAUAUCCUCUGACAUGUGGUUUGAUGAAAACUGUUAGAUCCUUGCACAGUCAUUUUGCUCUAAAGAGGAGUGAUGUGCUUUAUCAGGAUCUAUGUGCAUCGGAUGCCACAAUAGCCACUGUUGGAUUGGCGAUUACUUUUCGUGCAUUGAUGGCUGCAACAUGGUGUCUCCUAGAUCAUCGAAUCUGCUAGCAGUUGCCAUUGGAUCAUGGAGCUACUUUUUCCUAUGAUGGUGGUGGUGACAUGCCUUCAUGUAGUGCGUUAGAUCUGACCACUACUAUCACCCUACCAUUAGAUCUGAAAAGAAUAACUAGAUACAUUUAG